CUAUACCGUUUAAUUGUAAACGCUUCCGUCAACUUUGCGAUGGCGGCGCUCUCUCUUAUCCUUAUUUAUACUCUUUCAACUCCGCUAUUUCUUUCUUCAGAAGGAAGAAUUUCAGCUACCAUUUCAAUUUGGCUUAAACUUUCCCUUUUCUCGAGAAAAAUCUUUAAGCUUUUUCAUGUGUUGUUGCCUUCUAAAGGUGGCGAACAAUAAAGGGGACAAAUUUGAUCAUCAUCAUCGUCUGGUUGAUAAUGAGUUUCAAUAUCAACCCUUUGAUGAAUAUCAAUUAUCUAGCAGUGGCGGCGCUGGCAGCGAUGAGACGCGGAUGUUUUCGACGGUGAGGAGGGAACGAGAGAUGUCGGUUAUGGUGUCCGCUCUCACGCACGUGGUGGCUGGAGAUGAUUGCGUGCAGCUGCUGCGCCACCAGGGUUCUGAUGAAUUAAUGGAUUAUAUGAACGGUGCUUCGACUGAAAGCUCAUUCCAUGGCCAUGGCUCCUCUUCUUCAUCUUCUUCAUGUAGCGGCCACAAAAGAGGAAGAGAGGAAAAUAAGACACAGAGUUCGCAAGACUUUUCUUCUCUGAGAGAAAGCUCAACAACAGCAAUGCAAGCAGGAAUUACAUCAUACAACACAAAAUAUGAAUACAGAAGCAAUAACGGCGAUCAAGAUAAUAACCCCGCCACCAAUAAUGUUCAGGAACCAAGAAGAAGAUACAGGGGGGUGAGGCAGCGGCCGUGGGGGAAAUGGGCAGCGGAGAUAAGAGAUCCAUUCAAGGCUGCAAGAGUGUGGCUCGGCACAUUUGAAAAGGCAGAGGAUGCAGCCAGAGCGUAUGAUGAAGCCGCUUUGAGGUUCAGGGGCAGCAAGGCGAAGCUAAAUUUCCCUGAAAAUGUCAAGGUCCGAUCACCACCCCCUGCUACAGCAGCUGCUGAGGCGGCGUCAACCCAGUUCACCAUUUCUGGUUGUGCACCAACCCUUUUGAGCGUUCCCACAUCCACUGAGUCGAUUGUUCAUUCUCAAGUGACGGCUCCUGCCCCCAUGUAUUUGGACUAUGCUGAAUAUCAGAGGCAGCAGAUGAAUUUGUAUGAGCAGCUUGCAUUUUCUUCUUCAUUGGCUUCUAAUUUAUCGCCGCCGCAGUUGGUGCCACCGCACUUGAUGUUUCAGCCUCGGCCGCCUCAUCAUUUCAUGCCAGCCUCCUCUAGUGGUGGUGAAAAUUCUGAAAUUCCUUCAUGGAUGGGUUCCCAUCACUAUCCUCCCAGUUCAGGAUAAUGAUUUGGUUUCUAUAUCAUAUAAUAAUAUAAAAAUAUAAGUAGUGACUUUCUUUUUAAGAAGUUUACACAUUUAUAAAAUCGACCGACGCAUGCAUAAAUUCAAAAUCGUUAAAAAGAGUCCA